AUGGCAACAUGGCGGACGAGGUUUGCUCUUGCGCUGUUCUGUUGUCUGGCUGUUGCAACGACCUUCGUAAACAAGGUGCUAGCUUCUUUGUCGAUAUUUUGAAUUCUGCUGUUCAUUUUCGUAUUUUGUAUUUUGUAACCUUUACGUUAAGCUUCGACAAGGCUAUAUUUGGGUCUAAUACCUAUACCAGGUUACUGAAAUGUUCUAAAGGUUUUACAUUUAGUUAAUUAAUUUAAAUAGUCUGUCUGUUUUUAUUUUUAUUUUAUUUUUUGAAUUUUAGCACGUUCUGUCGAAUUUGAAAUUUACCUAUCCCACGGUAUUUCAAAGGUAUUUCAGUCACCUUAUUUUAAUAUGAAUCUGAAUAUAUAGGGGACAAUUGAAUUAUAGGUAGGGCUGUCACUAAGAUUUCAAGUAGCCAGGUAUAUGUAAUUAGAAGGCAGGAAAUUGAGUAACCAGGAAGGCUUUUAUGUUCUAUUUUCCUCCAUUAUUUCCUCUUAAAGGAGCCAAGGGUCAUGCUCAUAGUAGCCAGGGAAAUCCCCAGCCUCUGCCUCUUAGUGACGGCCCUGAUAAUUACAGGGUGUUCAUUAGGCAUUGGCGAUCGGAGAAUUCACUGCUUGCUAUCCAGAAUUCGCUGGCUAAAUGUCAAUAGCCUAUGACUAUUUUUAUUCAGAUGUGGAGCCUCUUCAAAAAAAAAACUCCUGCAACGUUAAACCUUUCUCCUACCACUAGAGUUCUUAAUGAAAAUGCUGUAAUUAUUGAAUAAAUUCUGUUUGUUUGCAUCCCCUCCCCCCCUCCAAAAAAAGACACAACCCUUGAUGACUUGUCAACAACAAAGACAAGUCCACUGUCACUUAAUGCUGAUGACAAGAAAAGACUUAAUUUAAGACACCUCCUUAAAAUGGGACAUCUAGUCUUCAAUUACUUUUUGUAAGUCUGUAAAGCUAAGACUUUUCUCAGACAGUUUUGAUUUAAAUGUUACAUUCCCUUUUGUAGCCUUAAUGUAACAUUAUCACUUGCAACAAAGGUGUACCAUGUUAAUUGAUCAGUAUGUUUUGUGUUUUUGUUGUUGUUUAGUUGGCAGACUGGAACAGCUGCUGUAGUGUUACUCUCAAUGAGUGCCUUAGGAUAUAUAGAUCUCAACAUUGUACCAGUUAACAGGUAAGGCUUUUAACUUAAGUUAAUUCAUCACAUUUUUUAUGAGAUUCAUGUCCCUAAAAGGAGAGAAAAAGAGGAUAAUUAAGCCUGUAUUAGUUAAUGAACUCUAUUUUGCACUUCAAAUGAUAAAAAUGUUUGCCGUCAUUUCAUUUUGAAUCUUGUUUUCACUUUUUAUUUUUUUACUUGCUUUAGAAGUGUACUUCUCUCUUGGCUUCCAGCUGCCAUGCUUUUUUCAGGGAUAAUUUAUUCAGGAUCAGUGGCCCUUUCUCGAUUGGUGAGUUACAUGUUAUACAAGGGCGCAUCCAGAAAAUUCAGUUAAGGGAGGAAACUUAGAAGCUACACAGAUACUACUAAUUUAACUGAGAAUUCAUUGAAAAUAAUACAAAAUUCCAUAGAAAGAAGGGGACACUGUUCCCUAACACCAUCCUUAAAUCCACCCAUUUUAGAGAAUGGUAUACAGCAUUUCAAGAAAAAAAGUGGUUAAAAGGAGUCUAUAAAGCUGAACUGUGAAAUUUUAAAUCUCCUUCGUGGGUAGCCCAUGGUGUUUUCGUAACCCCUUCACCUAGCAUGAGAGACUGAUGGCAUAUUUUCCUCAAGGGUGGGGGGGGGGGGGGGGGGGGGGGGGCAUGAAGGCAGAAUUACCCCAUAUAAAUGUAUGACUAGAUAGGUAUGUGCCUCUUGUUGGGGUAUGGUUUUAAUACUUAAGUAGGGUAUCACCUUUCCUUUGUUGGUAGUGUUCUCAGUGUGAUCCACAAAUGGGGUACACCUAAAUUGUAUCAGCUAAAAAUCAAAUGUGUAAAUGCCCAGCUACAUGAAAAACAAAUCACUUUUAAAAACUGAAUUAUCCCUUUGAGUUUUAGGAAAGCAUUAAGAUAGGUUAACAUGUUACCAUUAAAUUCUUUGUUUUGUUUCUCCCUGGAAUAGGUUGUCAUUUUUUUUGAAGGGGGGGGGAGAGGGGGUUGGGCCAUAGGAUAGCCCUAGGAUGGAUCCUGAACCAGCAUAAAACUGAUUUUUGUCCACUGCCCUUAUAUUCUGGCUUAUAUUCUUUUUUUCCAACAUAUUAUUUCACUUCGAAUUAUUUUUUAUUCCUUGAAACAGCCAGUUCCUGUUUUCUAUGCAAUCCACAACAUAACUACAAUAAUUCAGACAUUGCUGGAGUCAGUUCUCCUGAAGAAGGUAGAUGGUGUGCAUGUCAAUCAUAUUGCAUUACAAAAUGUUAAUAUUUUAUACCACUACAAUAUUGUUUUAUAAACAUUGUUUUAGUGCGUUUCUUUUGUUUUGUUCAGGAUCCUUCAUUAAGUUCACAGUUCUGGUAAGAAUCUGUUAUCCAUAAAAUGUAUAUUCAUUUGUUUUUGUUAUUGCUGCUAGUGUUUUGAAUCAAUGCUACCUUAAUCUCCUCAUCUUAAUUGAAAAGCAGCUGAUUUUUAUAAAUAUUUUUAACUUUCCUGGCAGUUUAAUUUUUCUGGCAUUUUCAGUGGUCUUGGUGGCAGCCAGUGAUCCUGAGGUUUGUGAUUAUUUCCUAAGCUCAUUUUGCAAAAAUGUGUAACAAUUUUUUUGGGACACUGCAUUUUUUAAAAUUAUAUUCUUAAAUAUUUUCUCUGAAUUAUAAUCUAUAGUUCCAGAAAGUAUCCAUACCCACACCCCACAGAAGUGUUUUGUUCUAUGGACCCCCUCCCUGGUGAAAUUUCUCAUUUAUCUUUAUUUGUAUCACUUUAAAUCAGUGAGUCUUGUGGGUCUUUAAGGGAUCCCUUCCCCUCAAGAAUUUCAACCUGUUGAUGAAGAAAGUAAUAUUUUUUGUUUUCAGUUUGAUCAAAUGGGCUAUAAAUGGAUGAUGGUCCAUUGUGUGCUUUCAGGUAAUUUUGUAAGUUUCUUCUCUCUCUGAAUGUAAGCCCCAUCCCUUUUAUCAUAUUCUUCAACUAAAAAGUUCUCUUUAUAAAGGUUGUAUUUGAAUAAUAAAUUUGAAUAGUUUUUCAGGUACAACAGUGUGCACUGACAGUCUCGUUUUGAUGUUUGGUUUACACAAGAAAACCUUUUAUGACAUAAACAAAGAGCAUAUGCAGUUGAGGCUGAGAAAAAAUGAUGGGAAUCCUGUGCUCUGAACCUGAGAAAUUCAGGGUGCCCAGCAUAUGAUUUGUACAAAAAAACUAAGAUUUUAUAGUCACCCAAAAUAAUUAUGAUCCCAAUCAGGAUCAUUAUACAUUUCUGGGAAACUGCCCUCCUACCUCUCCCCUAAGCCAAUAUUUUGACCUUAGUGGGAGGUAAGCAUUAAUGUGGGCUUAAGGUGGUUUUCCAGUGGUGCGUUUUUGGCUAUGCUUGUUAAUGCACAUAAAUUUUAAUCACGUAAAUAAAACAGAGGCAAGAUAUAAAGUGUUGAGAAUAAACAUGAAGUUGUGCGAGGUUCUACUUUUAAGCUUACGUGCGACCUUUCAUACAGAGCCUCUAGUUUAUUUGCAAACAUAACUUUUACGCACGUAACCACGUAAAAAUUACAUGACACUGGAAAUCAACCCUCAGGGGAGGGGUAGGUGGGCUUUUUCCCAGAAACGUAUGAUGAUCCAAUCAAGAUUGUUAUAUCAAACUUACAGUAAGGUGCCUGGGGUUACUGCGCACUGCCAAAGCACAGCCCUCUCAGUGAAGCUUGAUAAAUGUCAUUUUUUCUGGCAGAUUAGCCAGAGAUUCAGACUGUAAAAUCGCACUGUAAAAUCACCUGCAUUUGUGAACUGUUUGAUGGUAUUUUAAAAUUGUUUUUAAUCAUUUAGACAGUAACUACCUUUUUAUUGCACGUAAUUGUCUUCUUAAUUGUAGCUCUUUAUGUGACCUAUGGGAGAUCAAGAAACAAGAAUUCCAUCAGGUAGGUAAAAUGUUUGAGCUACAAUCUGUGGCUCCUGUCUUAUUUGAAGUUCUUGAGAAUUUUUAGAAAUAUUUUUCGCAUUUUUCUGUAUAUUUUAGUGGGGAUAAUUCCGUAAUCUUUUAACUUUUAAAUUUAAACUUUUUAUAAAUUUUAGAUUUUAGAGAAUUAUGAAUUUACCUGAUGAUACCAUGUAUAAAUUCAUUUUCUAAUUUUUUUCCUAUUAUUUUAGUGUCCCCAAUUAGAUUUUAUAAGCUAAACACAUCGACACUUAAAUAAAGUUGUUAUGUUAUGUUAUGUUAACAGCACUGGUGCUGUCAAACUUCAUUGCAAUUAUUCCAACAAGCUCAGUUUAAGGACCGUGUCUAAGUUGGAGAGGAUAGUCCGUCUUCGUAAAUUCUCGUCCUCCAUGAAACAUUUCCUCGCGAAAUUUCGCAUCGUAACUCACUAAGUUCCGUUUACUCGUUUACUUUGCAUACUCUAUCCAGGACCGGUCAGGACUAAAAGGAAGCUUGUAUAUACAAUUGUACCCUUCGUCACACCCCAGGGUUUCACCGUACACGAUUUGGGGAAGAGCUGAUAUAUAGAUUUAGCCAGGGCUAAAAGCGAAGCUCGGGUUAAUAAUACUUGUAAACAAAAAAAAUUAAAUCGUCUAAUGCUAAACAGGCAAGGCAAUGAAAAUGGCUUCAAGACUAAUGGAUCUAAUUAGCAUAAAAACAAAUUGCACGUGCAGCACUCUUUUUCUUCUAAUUAGCAAAAACCAAAUUGCACGUGCAGCACGCUUUUUUGUUUUUCCCUUGCCGUUGUUUUACACGACUACAACCCUGUUUUGGACGACUAAAACGUCAAAGUUCCUAGUUACACAUUAUUUUUAUGGAGGAAUUGUCAUAUGUGCUUACCCAAUAUUUUGUUUCCUGCGUUCAUGUUCGCUUUUAGUUUUUACUACCGCUCAUUUUCUUCUUGCUGGCCUCUCCUUGCUGGCCGCUAGCAUUUCUCAUUUUCUCACCGCCGCUUUGAAUUUCCGUGUUUUCUUCCUACGAAAUUCGUCUCCUUUGUUUUCAAUAACUCACUCUAGCUCUUUCUCUGUUGUCCAUGUUUGUGUAAACAUAAAAAAUAACGCCGAAAAAGACACGACUUUGUUGUGGUUUUUUCUUUCUAAAAGUCCGGGCGGUCGUGUGAUUUCCUAAAACCUCGAGUUGCAUUUGGGUUGCCAUACCUGUUGAUUGAGUUAUUUUACAUUGGUAUACCUGUGGUGCAGACGGACGGUGCACGAUCACGUGAUUACCAAAUUUUCUCGGAUUGGUAGAUUACCACAUUUCCUUGGCUGUGGGGUUCCGCUGUUAAGUAAUUAAAGGUGAAUGCUGUUCAUAGUCCAUGGAAAUAUACAUUUUGUUUCUUGCAGUGACCUCGAGAAAAUGUUCUACAAUGCAGUUAUCAGGUUUGCGUCUAUCAUGCAUUUUGUAAUAAUUAAGGUUGUCAGGAGCCCGUGGGUUGUAGCGUUAUUUACACUAACCGGCAAAAUGUAAUAGACUUUUCCACGGUUUGUUUUUUUCAACUUUUGACAUGGACAAGUUAGGGAAAAUCCAUCGUCCAUACUGGAAAGAGCGACUUUAAAUUAGUAGAAUUGCCAACUAACGACGAUACCGCUCCUCAUAGUCGCGAAAUUUUGAGGACGUUUGUAUGGUGGGUAGUCUGCUGUUCGCAGGCUAUAUGAUGGGGGGCACGAAAUUGCCACCCCCCCCCCCCCCCCCCCCCCCAACACAUCUCAUCAAAUUUCAUCCCCUUUUCCCCCUUUUCCCUUUUUAUAUUACCUCUUUUAAAUUUGCCUCUUUUUUCAUUUUUUUUUACCCUUCUCUCUCUGUUCUGAUUGGUUUUUUGUUGUGUUAUUUUAUAAAAAAUAGUGAGAGGUGUGUACCCCCCCCCCCCCCCCCCCCUCCUCCUCCCAAUCAAACUCAAAUAAGCGCUCACCCCCACCACACCCACUUAAGUGAAUAAAUUCUAAUAAGAGACUUCCCCGAGGACGGAGUUUUCUUCAGAGUAUUUUACAGAAACCUUGCUUUGUUACUUCUUUGCGUUUUGUUUUUAGCAUUUAUUGUUUUGUUGCAAAAUAAACAUACUUCAAUUGCUGAAAAUGGUAAAAAUUUAAUAAGCGCCCAGCCUGGAAUAAGCGCCCACCUCGAAUAAGGGCCCACUCUCAAGGUCCAAAAAUUUAAUAAGCGCCCACGGCGGUUAAUCGAAUAAAUAGAUGAUCUAUCUAGAUUAGGGUGCAGUGUCUGAUGUUUAACACUCAUGUCUUUUCCUGUUGUAGUGUUUUUAUUCUCUUGGGCAUUGGUGUAUCAACAGGUAAAAGGCUAAGUAGAUUUUUUCGACUUUUUGUAUCAAAAUGAUGGCGUCAUAGUUUUAUUCUGUUUACUCCAGUCAUAAAAAUAACUGUUCGAAAUAAAUGUAGCGUCGUUCCUUGCUCUUUUACGAGGGGCGCGUGGUGUCAUGGGAAGGUUACAAUUUAUUCUGGUGGACGCGGGGCGCUUUCUAUUUGACCAAGUAAUUCAGGAAGUUCCGGUUAGGAUGUAAUUGGUACAUAAGUUUCGGGCGUUCCACCGAAAAAUCCCAGGAACAUUAUUUUGGAACUUUGAAAAAGUAGUUCUGUUUUCCCGUUAGAAACUUUUCUAGUGGAACUGUGUGUUCAAUUUCAAGUUUUCACAAGUAUAAAUCCAUUCUAAGCUACUCACGGCGAUGUCUGCGCCGUUGGCAACAGAGGGCCGGAACAAAUGAGGCUUUUGACAAAUGGAACACGUUCUUCGCCCGGUGGACCUCUCCAGCAAUGUUUGGGAAGGUUUAACCUGCGUGGCAGGUGUUAAAAGGGGAAGGGAAAGGGGGAAUUUGGGCGCGCAAGGGAGCAAGGAACGGAACCCUCCGCCCUCCUCCCUCGCGCGCGGUCUCGCGUCCUAAUUCCCUUCCCCUUCCCUUUUGAACGCCUGCCACCCAGGCUAGGGAAAGUUUAUCGCCCGUACUUACGCUUUGCAUUAUCAGCCUUCCCACAGAGCACUGCUCUCUCUGUUUCCUGCAAUCAGGGGCGAGCACCUGGUAAUCAGUAAUCUCGAGCCGUUUAAGUCCCAAACUUUUAGCACACAAAUGGCGCCUUCGGGAGAAUUUUAGUAUUGUAUAAAGGUUAUCUGAAGCCAACCAACUUGUUAAAGAACUCCUGAUAGUAAUUAGUCCAGUUGAACACUGCCUUAUCGAGGAGACAUACAACUGGUUAGCCUGCGAAAACACCCGUUUCUCCUCGCUGGAGACGUUUCGCGCGGAGGAUCGUCUGCGACUCAGCGGCAGAAAUUCCAUACUGAUGACGCAAAUCAAUGUUUACAUAAUAAAAUUUGGUUAUGACGUCAGCGUACGACCGAACGCUGACCCUACAGACUCUGGGGGAGGGGAAGGGGAGUCAGGAGUCAGCCCACUGGGGGAGGAGUAUGUUAUAGCUGAGGUGAAAGUUUUGCAUUUCAAGCAUCCCGCUCAUUUCGGCGGUAAAUCACAUGGCCGCCCGGACGUUUAGAGAAAAAAAGUCUCUCUUUCCACUAAAUUUUAAUGUCUACAUUAACCUGGAUAACAGGGAAAGAGCUAGAGGGAGAAGUAAAAAACAACGGAGACCAAUUUCUUUGGAAGAAAAACAUGAACAUUAGGUAGAUGAAAGUUGUUUUUUUGCUAAUAAGAAACAAAAUUGUGCUGCACGUGCAAAGUUUUCUUGCUAAUUAGAAAAAAAGUGUACUGUACGUGCAAAGUUUGUUUCAUUGCUAAUUAGAUCUGUUAUUGUUGUUUUUUACCGUUCUCGUUGUUUUCACCCUGUCUUUUGUAUUACUUGAUUUUAUAUUUUCUUUGAGGAAACUAUAAACAUUAAAGAGAGCUUCACUUUUAGUCCUGGCUAAAUCUAUAUAUUAAAGUACUUUAACCAAUUAGGUGCUUGUGCGACCCCCUCCCUCCGGAAUGUUCAUUUUCUAUUUCAUCAAAAGGCCAUUUGCACGAUGACGUCUUUUUACUACUAAGACCGGAAUUCAUUUUUUCCCUUUCAUAUUUAAGUUUGGUAGUCCCUGUGAGGUUUAAAUAAAAAACGCCUUAAUUUGCACAAGGAAGCAAUUCUCUGAAGGAUUCUGAUCGUAGUAGGAAAAUUACGCCAACGUGCAAAUGGCCUGUUAACCUUUAUUUCCUUUCUCGCAGGUGAAGUGUACAGAUUACUGGAAUUUCCAUUUUUGUACUCUUCCCAGUUUCAUGUGGGAUGUAUGGCAAGGUAAAUUUUUCUUAAAUAACGGUCCUCUUUUGAUUAUUCGAGAAUAAUUCUUUUAUCGUUCAUUCAAAAUAUUUCCAAACUAAAAAAACAUGCUUACUUCUAUGUAAGGUCCUCAUCUUCAAACCAUUUGACGUUCCUCGGCAAUUUCAUUAAGUCGUUUAUCCCAGGAGUUUUUCUUCGUGUAGCAGUUGGACUUCCGUCGCGUUGUAUUUCGUCUGUUCUUACGGUGCUUUUGAGGCAGUAGUUGCCGCAUUUCAUCCUCGUAUAACGUGUGAAAUAUUCCUCCCUUUCACCAAUUCUGCUCUGCCAAAACAGCUGAGUUACCGCGCCGGUUCUUUGUGUGACACUAAAUUUGCGAUCUGCGCGCGUCAUCGUCAGUGUAAUCGCGUUGUCUGUCCAAUACAAAAUACUGUAGAACGCCGAUUUAACGCAAUACCGAGGGAGUGGGAAUUGUGAUCAUGUUACUUGGUGGUCGUACCCGUGCAAUUACGUUGAAGAAUGUCAUUCAGACCGGGCUUUGCCCUUAUAGCAGUGCGUUGUACAUACAUUUACUAAACUGGGUUAAGGAAUGUCAGUUGUUGUAACGGGGCUUCGUUAUGUGGGGGUAUCAUCUCAUGUUAUUUACUGUAACUCGGGUGAGGAAUAUCAUUCGGAUCGGGAUGUUCGACGUUAUAUGGGGGGUCAUAUUAUAACUUGGGUUGAAGAACACCAUUCCUUAUACGAUUAUACCCGGGUGUUUGUUAUCCUAGGCCGAGUUGUUCAAAGCUGGGUUAGUGCGAAAUAUGAAUUCGUAUUUGAAAGCUUAAAAAGCAUUUCAGUUUUAAUUCUUUUUGUCUACAAGACGAUGAUUGGAAGCUCUAAAAUUAGCAGAGAAAAUUAUCCGAGAAAAUGCUUUUGAACACAAGGAAAAGAAACCAGUGUUAAAUUUAACUCUGGGUUAAGCGCUAAUCGGCCUUGGAACAACUGGGCCCUGGGGUGUCAGAUAUCCCGGGGUCUUCUUUGCAUAGGGUUUCAUUGUAUCGGUGAUUUCACUGUACUAUAGUUCAUUUGCCAACACUAAUGAAACAAAGUCGUUAGCGCAAAGAAAAAGCACUCUGACACACUUUCCAUUUCACUUUUUCUAGUGGUAUUUUUGGUGCUGCACUAGGCUUCUGUCAUGUUUUCCUGCAGAAGACAGAGUUUUCUUUUUCAAUGGGGAUUAUACAUAGUCUUAAUAAGGUAAUCAGGGAUUUUUUUUUCUUAAUAUUCAAACUUUGUGGUCUGUGCAAAAUCCUGGAAGCUGAUUGGUUAAUUGAGGCCUUGUAUUCGGCUUCCGCAUGAUCUGAAAAAUUAUUGCUAAUAUUAUAAUUAUCAUUUAUUGCUAGUGGUAGUUGUAAGUGUUUGUGCAAUGAUUUCAUCACUUUGAUUUGUCGUUACCUUUGAGAGGACGGACACACGACUUUGCAAUUCUCGUAACUGAUGUCGUGUUUUUAUUGUUUCACAGAUUCUCAUAUCUCUUCUCUCGCUGUUCAUCUUUAAUAUAUCUCUAAGCAUCAACAUGGCGAUUAGGUAAGCAAGUCAUUUUAACGAUUCCUGUUUUAUAUUCUUAAAACCUUUUAGACCAAGUAACAGCACACAGAGAGACUUUCCAAUUGUAUAAAACUGUCGAUUAAACAGGGAAUACUGUGGAUCCUCCUUCGUACAUCGGUGAGGAAGUUCAGACACUUUCCACUUCUGUAGAGGGAAAAUUCUGUUCCGUUGGUUUCUUGAAAAAAGUAUUUGCUCCAUGAUACCGUCUCUCAAAUCCAUUUAGGGUUUAACGCCAUUCAGGUAGGAUCGCUGCUAUGUGUCUACUUAUCCAUUAAUCCUGUUUCUUGAAUUUAAAUGAAAGGGUGAUUUUUUGACAAUAGACUCAUUUGAAGGGAAAACUAAAACAUGAAACUUGGACGGUUCGAAUUGUGCUUGAAAAUACAGAACUGUUUUUCCUUUGUAAAAAGUGAUCGAUUAUGCUGAGCUACCAUGAUAUAAUACUCACUUAAAAAUUUUUAGGGAGUCAUAUGCAUUUCCUUAUUCCCUCGUAUUUCGAUAAAACGCAGACUCGCAAUCUGGGUCUGUUGGCCAUCGCGCGUUGGACUGAGUUGGUGUUUUGUCGAAGUGCAUUAUGGGACUCUUUUGAGGACGUUAUAACAAUUCAUAUUAGCUAUUACAAAGUUGCGCAAGAAGCUGGCUCAAAAUUCGUCCCUCAAAACAUUCCUAUAGCACAAUUCGACCCCACACCUAACCAAUCUCAGGAGUAACGCGCAGUUGUUCUGUUGUAAACCGCUAACAGUUCCCGUGAUCACGUGAUGAAUGUCGUGAGGGCGAACGUGUUACGCGCAAGCAAAUGAGGCAACGCUCGUUAGUGUCCUCGCAGGCCAGAAACGUUAUCACUUUUUUUCUCCCCAACCCAAAAAGGAGCUUAAAACGAAACAGAGUAGAUUGGGUCUCGGCCUAGACCCUGCGGAGGCUUUGUCAGCGUUACUUUCGACAGCCUAUUCCCUUAUAUAUUUUUUAAUUUUUAUUUUUCAGCUUGAUCAUGGCUCUUUGUUUUGGAGUACUCUAUUCGUUCUCUGUUAUCGUUCAAAAGGAAAGCGAUCAGCGUGCUGUUCUUCCUGUUCACGAUAGUUGACAUACGUAAUCUUUUCGUUUAGUAGUGGAAUGAAGUAUGACAAAUAAUAGAUUGUACGUGCUUAUACUUGGUUUAAGAAGUGAAAGGAUUGGAGCGUUGCAGACUUCUUGAUUUAUUAGUGUAAAUACACUAUUGAGUUCAGAGGGCUUAUUUAAAGAGGCUAUCUGAUGAAGACCUGCCUGAAAGGUGGAAUUUAUUCCUUCCUGAAUUUGAGCAUCUAAAAAGGGACAAUUGGAAGCUCUGACAAAGACAACUCUUUUAAAAUUAAUAUGUUCGCGAUGAAAGGUCCAGCGACCUGUGAAAGACCAUAUGGAAAACAUUGUUUAAAUAGAACUGAAGUCUAUUUUAGCGAUCGGCGUCCCAGCGAGCUGGGAUCGCGGUGAUCCCAACAAUCGCAUUGAUCCUCAGGAAACAAAGCUUUAUAUAAGAAAACUUGUAUUCCACACCUUAAUGUAAAGGAUUUUGCUCGUCUAAUCGGGAAAGUUCAAUGAUUAAUAAAAAGAGAGUAGUUCAG